AUGCUCCGAGGCAGGUCCCUGUCUGUGACUUCACUGAGUGGCCUUCCUCAGUGGGAAGCUGACAGACUUCCCGUGGAGGAGUUACUGCUCUUUGAAGUUUCCUGGGAGGUCACCAACAAAGUUGGAGGCAUCUGUACCGUGAUUCAGACGAAGGCCAAAACAACAGCCAAUGAAUGGGGAGAAAAUUACUUUCUUCUGGGCCCAUAUUUUGAGCAUAACAUGAAGACUCAGGUGGAGCAGUGUGAGCCCCUCAAUGAUGCUGUCAGCAGAGCAGUGGAUGUUAUGAACAAACACGGCUGUAAGGUGCAUUUUGGAAGAUGGCUGAUAGAGGGCAGUCCUUACGUGGUGCUCUUCGACAUCAGUUCUUCAGCUUGGAAUCUGGACAGAUGGAAGGGUGACUUCUGGGAAGCAUGUGGUGUUGGCAUUCCUCACCACGACCGAGAAGCCAAUGACAUGCUCAUCUUUGGAUCUUUAACCGCCUGGUUCUUCAAAGAGGUGACGGAUCAUGUCGAUGGUAAACAUGUCAUUGCUCAUUUCCAUGAAUGGCAGGCGGGAACUGGGCUCAUCCUUUCUCGUGCCAGGAAGCUUCCCAUCGCCACGAUGUUUACAACUCACGCCACGCUCCUUGGCCGCUACCUCUGUGCAGGAAACACCGACUUCUACAAUCAUCUUGAUAAGUUUAACAUAGACAAGGAGGCUGGGGAGAGACAGAUCUACCACCGCUACUGUAUGGAGCGAGCCUCUGUCCACUGCGCUCACGUGUUCACCACGGUUUCCGAAAUCACAGCCGUUGAGGCCGAGCACAUGCUGAAGAGGAAGCCUGAUGUUGUGACUCCAAAUGGCUUGAAUGUGAAGAAGUUUUCAGCUGUGCAUGAAUUUCAAAAUCUGCAUGCCAUGUACAAGGCCAGGAUCCAAGACUUUGUUCGAGGUCAUUUCUAUGGGCAUUUAGACUUCGACCUUGAAAAGACUUUAUUCCUCUUCAUUGCCGGGCGGUAUGAAUUCUCCAACAAAGGAGCUGAUAUCUUCCUGGAAUCCUUAUCCAGGCUCAAUUUCCUCUUGAGGAUGCACAAGAGUCACGUCACCGUGGUGGUGUUUUUCAUCAUGCCUGCCAAGACAAACAAUUUCAACGUGGAGACCCUGAAAGGCCAGGCGGUGCGGAAGCAGCUGUGGGACACUGUGCAUUCUGUGAAGGAAAAAUUUGGAAAGAAACUCUAUGAUGCGUUAUUGAGAGGAGAAAUUCCUGACAUGAAUAAUAUUUUGGAUCGAGAUGACAUUACGAUCAUGAAAAGAGCCAUCUUUUCAACUCAGAGACAGUCCUUGCCUCCUGUGACAACUCACAACAUGGUCGAUGACUCCACAGACCCCAUCCUCAGCACCAUACGACGGAUCGGGCUCUUCAACAACCGGUCAGACAGAGUCAAGGUGAUUUUGCACCCAGAGUUUCUGUCUUCCACCAGCCCCUUAUUACCCAUGGAUUAUGAAGAGUUUGUCCGAGGUUGCCAUCUUGGUGUGUUUCCUUCAUACUAUGAACCCUGGGGUUAUACUCCAGCUGAAUGCACUGUGAUGGGGAUCCCCAGUGUGACGACAAACCUCUCGGGCUUUGGGUGUUUCAUGCAGGAGCACGUGGCGGACCCUACUGCGUAUGGUAUUUACAUCGUCGACCGGCGGUUUCGCUCUCCAGACGAUUCUUGCAAUCAGCUGACUCAGUUUCUCUAUGGAUUCUGCAAACAGUCUCGCCGCCAAAGGAUCAUCCAGAGGAACCGUACGGAGAGACUCUCCGACCUUCUGGACUGGAGAUACUUGGGCAGAUAUUACCAGCAUGCCAGGCACCUGGCAUUAAGCAGAGCUUUUCCGGAUAAAUUCCACAUGGAACCCACGUCACCACCUGUGACAGAAGGGUUUAAGUACCCCAGGCCUUCCUCAGUGCCGCCUUCCCCACUGGGGUCUCAGUCCUCCAGUCCCGGCAGCAGUGACGUUGAAGAUGAAACCGAGGAUGAGAGAUAUGAUGAGGAAGAGGAGGCAGAGAGGGAUCGGCUAAAUAUCAAGUCACCAUUUUCCCUGAACCAUGUGCCUCACGGGAAGAAAACGCGACAUAGGGAAUACAAAAACUGA